UAAACCCCAAAGGCCCAAACGAUCCAAAGCUAGAGGGCGAAAAACCAAAAAAGGGAGGAAGAGAGCGAGACGGAGUGAAAGAAGAGCGGGACGAUGCUUCAGAUCCGGCUGAACAAGGGAUCAGCAGGGGACAGCGGCGGGGCGGCGGCGAAGCCCCCUCCUGCGGCGGAGACGGUGACGGUGGCGUGCGCCGAGCACCUCGUCCUCGCCGAUCUCCCCGUCGCCAAGAGCAUCGGCGCCAUCACCUCCUCCGGCUCCACCUCCGUCCGGUCUGUCGGCCGCCGCUCCCGCCGCCACCUCGGCGAGAGGGUUCACUUCUGCGUCCGCUGCGACCUUCCCAUCGCCAUCUACGGCCGCCUUAUACCCUGUGAACAUGCUUUCUGUUUGACAUGUGCAAGGAAUGAUGCUAGCUGCUAUCUUUGCGAAGAGCGUAUUCAGAAGAUUCAAACUAUAAAGAUGAUGGAGGGCAUCUUCAUAUGUGCAGCUCCUCACUGUCUGAAGUCCUUUCUGAAGCAACCAGAAUUCGAUUCACAUAUCCAUGAUUCCCAUGCUGACCUUCUCCAACCAAAUGCAGAGAGGGAAGGUGGGAAUGGAGCAGAUGCAAGAACUUCUUCGACGGACCUGCAUAAGCAAUCUAUGCUGCAAGAGCUAUCCACUGCUCGUGCUCCACCAAGGUCCGGCUUCUCACCCAGUUCGAAUUCUCAGCUCCAGGAUCGUGAAGAAAGAACUCGUCGACACCAGUCCAGAGAUCAACCAAUGCUGAAGCCACCACUACAGCCAAAGCCGCCAUUGUUUCACAGCCGCCAACAGCACCAACCAGGUGAUCCACAGCCAGACAACAACCCGCCUCAAGGCUCUGACAGGCCCCAGAACUGGAUUCAUCAACCCCAAAGCUUUGAUAACCAGAGUGGUCCUUAUCAGCGACGAGACUCCGACCAAUUGCCUCCAGACAAACUAGCAGGGGUUCCCAUGGAAUUUUCAUUCUCCAAUUACUCACCUCUGCAAUUGCAACAACCCCCUCAACCACCAAACUAUCCAAUACCUGGGAGCACCAACCAGGCCUCAAUGCCACCACCAUCAUUUAACUACCCUUUCCCUGCUGAUGGAUCUCAGCAGUUCUACAGUGCUCCUUUUGAAAUGCCACGACCAGAAAUGAUGCCAGUGAGUGGGUCAGAACAAGGGUCAGUUUUGGGAUUUCCUCCAGUUCCAGCAGGUUUAGCAAGUUUUGCAGGCAGUUUUCCUCGUCCAUGGGGCAUGGGGCUUGUUGGCAUGCCUUCAUUAAUGGUGGGUCAAGGAGUACCUGAAGGUUACAUGAAUGCAACAGAUAACCAGGGGAGGAUUUCAGAAGGUUUCCCGCCGAAUCAUCCUCAAUUUGGUAAGGAAUCAGAACUCCAGGGUGCUUCAGCUGCUCAUAAUGAUGGCAAGGGUGUGUUGGCGGCACAACCGCCACCUCUGCAAUUGCCAUUGCCACCUCCACCGCCACCUCCACUGCUGCUGCCUAUUUCAAAUCAGCUGAGUGCAGGAAAUUUCUCCAGUUUUGCCAAUGUAAAUCAAGAGGGCCGCAACUAUGGGUGGCAGAAUGACAGCCGUGGGUUUGGAAAUGGUCCAGAGUAGUCUCGGUUGAACGUUGCUUUCAUAGUAUUGCCAUGUGCUGCAUUUUUGUGAACGUUAUUGCUAUUUUGCUCAUAUUCUGUAGAUCGUUAUGCAGUUAUAAGUGCUUCUUCUGAAUGGUUCUUUGUUCAUUUGAAGGUCCUCCUAUGUAAUUCUUCUGAUUGGCUCUUACCUUGUUUCAGCCAUAUCGGAUGCUUUGAACAUUAUUAAACAAAAAAAGAGAGAAACUUUGCUGUUUUA